CGCGUCCGUGUCCGGUAAACCGCAUAAACGUCCGUCUUCCGGCUCUGGAUGAGAGGUUAGCUCUCUGUCCAAGCCGACCGUGCUGAAAAUGGCUGUGGAGUUUUUGAUGAAUCGGCUUAAGGCCUUGCUGGUGCUGCUUUUCGGAAUAUUUAAGCGCGCGAUGUGCUGCCUCCGACGUCGAAGACGAUCGUCUUGCGACUCUGUGCCCUUGUCCAACGUCGGCGUGGUACCGAGUGUUCUCACUAUCCCGAUGGAAUUAGAGCAGUGGGAUAAUUGGGAAGAAAACCCAAUCAUUGUUAUACCGGACAAGCCGGUUAAUACUGUACAAGCUAAGAUAGAGCAAUAUCGACAACAAGUAACUAAGUCUCCUGAAACACCCACUGAAGAACAGCUUAACUUUUUUGAGGAUAUGACUCCAAAAAUCACUAGACAAACAAAGAUUCUAGUAAAGGAUAAGAAUGCAGAUGGCUCAUCUUGCAACAUUGCAAAAUUUACAGCUAUGGAUCCUGUUCCGACUAAUGAAUUAGGAGAAUGGGAAGAAAACUCGGCUGGUUGGGAAGUAGAUGAUUUUAAUGAUCCUACCAAAGUGCUGCGAGAGCAAAGAAGAAGAGAACGGGAACAGCGAUUAAUAGAGCAGCAUCAGAAAAGGCUGGAACGUACUGCAAAACCACAAGCCCUGGGUGCAAAACUGUGUUCCUGAUGCGAGACCAGAAAUAUGUGGAAAUUAAUAUCAAAAUAUACAAUAAUGUACAAUUUAAUGGGAUACAU